GAACUAUGCCGAAAGUCGUGUCGCGCUCGGUCGUCUGCUCCGACACGCGGGACCGGGAGGAGUAUGACGACGGCGAGAAGCCCCUCCACGUCUACUACUGCCUGUGCGGCCAGAUGGUCCUGGUGCUGGACUGUCAGCUGGAGAAAUUGCCUAUGAGGCCCCGGGAUCGGUCCCGGGUCAUCGAUGCUGUCAAACAUGCCCACAAGUUCUGCAACACAGAGGAUGAAGAGACCACAUACCUUCGUCGGCCCGAAGGUAUUGAGCGACAGUACAGGAAGAAGUGUGCAAAAUGUGGCCUGCCGCUCUUCUACCAGACGCAGCCGAAGAAUGCGGCUGUGACCUUCAUCGUAGAUGGAGCCGUGGUCAAGUUUGGCCAGGGCUUUGGGAAAACGAACAUAUACACACAGAAACAGGAGCCACCAAAGAAGGUGAUGAUGACCAAAAGGACGAAAGACAUGGGCAAGUUCAGCUCUGUUACUGUGUCUACUAUUGAUGAAGAGGAGGAGGAGAUCGAGGCUCGGGAAGUUGCCGAUUCAUAUGCACAGAAUGCCAAAGUGAUUGAAAAGCAGCUGGAGCGGAAAGGCAUGAGCAAAAGGCGGUUGCAAGAGCUGGCUGAAUUGGAGGCCAAAAAAGCCAAAAUGAAGGGGACGUUGAUUGACAAUCAAUUCAAGUGAUCCAGAGCUGGAUGGAAG